AUGGCUGGAAGACAAGUCGGAACUUUGGCCGCAGUCGCUGGACUUGGUGGCAUCGGCUACUACCUGUACAGUGCUGGCGGUGACCCGAAGCUCGCCGAGAAGAAGUUUGAGCACGAUGCUGCCGAGGCCGCGAGGAAGGUGAAGGGCGACUUUCCCGGUCAGGACAAGGAAGCGAAGAAGACCGCCGAGGAGGGCUACGAGGCGGCACGCGCAAAGGGACAGAGCUUGGCCAAUGACGCAAAGGCGGAAGCGGCAAAGGCGGAAGCCGAACUCCAAAAGUACAGCGCCGAGGCCAAGAAGAAGUUCGAAGACCUAAGGCAAGAGACUGGCCGUGAGGUCAACGCUGCGGCGAACAAAUUCGACAAGGAGGUCAAUGAGGGCAUCAACAAGUCGAAGGGCUGGUUCGGUGGAUUGUUCGGCGGAAAGUAG